GUCAGUAAGCAUUGAAUAUUGAGUGCUCAGACUGAGUCGUUUUGAUUUUCAAGGUCUCUUGGCUCAUGAAAAUGACUAAUUCAGGUUAGCUGGGAUUCUCGACUAAAUUUCUAACACAGCUUGUUCUUUGAGCAAUGAAUUAACAUUACCUCGUAUAUACUCAGCAUAAUAUACAAAGCAAAAUGGGGAAUUUUUGUACAUGCUGUGCCUGGAAGUCGCACGACAAGCCAAUGGGUGAGACAAACGCCAUGAAUUAUGGAUCGGCUGUUCCCAAUCAUGUUGACCAUAUGGGGAAAUCACAAUCAGUUUAUCAGUCUGAAUAUAUCAAGGAUGCUAUAUCUAGUUAUCGCCCUGUAUCCAAUGAUCCUCCACACAUUAAUAAGUCCCAGCCUUAUCGUCGUCUGGAUAAUCGUGUUUCCAGAGCAAUGCACAAUGGAACUGCUCCGUUAGAUAUGCACGGGGGCAAAGAUUUUUCCUACCGAGCACAAGGAGACUUUGGAAUAAACAAUGAACCUUCAGACUUUAUGCUCUCCUCAAUAUAUACUCAGUCAAGCACUUCAAAUUUGCAACACAUUUCUGAAAGAGAACCAGAUGAUGCUGAAGCUGAUCCAUCUUUAAAUCCAACUAAAAGGACCCUAUUUAUGCAACGUUCAAGCAAAGAUAUUGAGAAAAGAGUUCGUGAAAUUCGGACUAAAUAUGAUCGUAAUGUCCCAAGGAGUCGUCAAAACGGUCUUCCUCUGCUUUAUCGAUCCAGUUCAACAUCAACCAUAUGGUUGCAUGAUUCAACUGUUACCAGACCAGAUCCAAAGUCUACUGUUCGUGCAUUAGCUCAGGCAAUUUACCUACAGAUAAAACACCGAGAUCUUAGCAAUGCUUGUGAUCCUAUAGUUGAAAUCUUUGAUGAAUCUUUACAUCCUAUUCAGAAUGAACCUGUCCCAUUUGAUUAUACCACACGUGAUCCAGAUUUAAAAACAGUUUAUCGUUUUAUUCGAAAUUUAUUUCAAAUGGCUCAACUUUCUCCAGAAUGUGCAAUAGUCACAAUGGUCUACUUAGAACGCCUUCUAACUAGCGCUGAGACAGAAUUGACACCCAGUACAUGGAAAAGGAUCGUUCUAUGCGCUAUAGUACUGGCUAGUAAAGUGUGGGAUGAUCAAGCAGUUUGGAAUGUGGAUUAUUGUCAAAUUCUCAAAGAUAUGCAAGUGGAUGAUGUAAAUGAACUCGAAAGAAGAUUUUUAGAAAUCAUUCAAUUUAAUAUCAAUGUGCCUAGUUCAGUUUAUGCAAAAUAUUAUUUUGAUAUUCGAUCUCUUUGUGGCGCUAGUUGUCCAGCAACACUAUUGUCUACUGAUCGGGCUUAUAAACUUGAGGCAUUUUCACGGAUUAUGGAUGAUCAAUUCCAUGAUAUUGUUCAAAAAUGUCUUACUAAACGAAAAUGGGGAAGUUUUGAUAAUUUAACAUCUUCACCACCAUUUCGACGUGCUGUCAUCUCAUGAGAGAUAGGAAGGAUACACUGAAGCUUAAUUUCAUCAUUAUGUAGCGCAUGAAUUCAUUACUGAUGAUGAUCUCUUAACGAUGUCCAUCGACAUUUCCUAUUUUAUUUUCUUUCUGUUUAUGUAAUAAGCAAAUUAUUGUUGAUCUGUAUUCGCUUUUAUUUUGGUUUUCUUUUUUCAUUAU